CGCGAGAGUCGCGCGCUCGCGGCCUGGCGGAGGCGGCGGAGGGCCCCGCGUUCGUGCGUCGGAGCCGGCCCCGCGGCGCGCUCGUAAGAGUCCAGGAUGAGUUAUGCAGAAAAACCUGAUGAAAUCACAAAAGAUGAAUGGAUGGAAAAACUUAAUAACUUACAUAUCCAGAGAGCAGACAUGAACCGCCUCAUCAUGAACUACCUUGUCACAGAGGGCUUUAAAGAAGCAGCAGAGAAGUUUCGAAUGGAGUCUGGAAUUGAACCCAGUGUUGAUUUAGAGACUCUUGAUGAAAGAAUAAAAAUUCGAGAGAUGAUUUUGAAAGGACAGAUUCAAGAAGCCAUUGCAUUGAUAAACAGCCUCCAUCCAGAGUUGUUAGAUACAAACAGAUAUCUCUACUUUCAUUUGCAGCAGCAGCAUUUGAUCGAGCUGAUCCGGCAGCGUGAGACAGAAGCAGCUCUGGAAUUUGCUCAGACCCAAUUAGCAGAGCAGGGGGAGGAGAGCAGGGAGUGCCUGACGGAGAUGGAGCGCACGCUGGCCCUGCUGGCCUUUGACAAUCCCGAGGAGUCGCCGUUCGGGGACUUGCUCAACAUGAUGCAGCGGCAGAAGGUGUGGAGUGAGGUUAACCAAGCUGUUCUAGACUAUGAAAACCGUGAGUCGACUCCCAAGUUGGCAAAGUUACUGAAACUACUACUGUGGGCUCAGAAUGAGCUGGACCAGAAGAAAGUGAAAUACCCGAAAAUGACAGACCUCAGCAAGGGGACGAUUGAAGAACCCAAGUAAAAUGUGUGCAGAUGGACAUCAAUCAAUCUUAGUACUGCACAAUAUACAUUUAUAUCAGUCUGUGACUGAAAUAUUUUUACUACAGUACAGCACUCAAUUCAGAUUUUUCAAUGAACAUCUAAUUUGAAGGGAGAAAAGUCCCUUUUAAAUGCUGCAAAAACUGCAUUGAAAGGCGCUGUAUCUCUUUGAAAGUCUGACUUAGGCUAUGCACUAUAAUACAUUUUUAAGAAAACCAAUUAAACAGGACAGGAAAAAUAGCAUUUUUAAAAUACAGAACUCAAGCUUUCUAAUUGGCUACUGAUGCCUAGUUUAGUGGCCAGUGAGUUAACACUGAGUUAUAUUGGCAACUCUUCAGUUAAGUUUAACUGUCUCCUGUUUGAAAUGUGUAUAUAGAACAGUGAAUAUUUUCUACCUUUAAGUUAUAGCCAGAUAUACAUUCCCCUUAAAAGUAACUGGUCAAGUUUUCAUCUAUAAACUUUGCAGUAAGGUCAACCUUUUGGCUUAGGAAAUAGUGUACAAACUUGUAAAUCAUAAUUUAAGGACUCUUUUUGUUGUUGUUUUUCCUUGUUUCUGACUUUUUGGUGCUUUAUAUGGUGAGAGCUAUGUUCAUAAUGGAUCAGUGACCCAUCUUUUCAGGAGGAAUAUUGUUGGAAAUAAGGGUUGUUUUCUUUUAAUUUUUCACAAAUGACCAAAAUGGCCCCCAGAGGCGUUUGAGGGUGUUUGUUAACAGGGGCCUUUCCCCCCUAUAUUCAGUUUGUAGCUGUAGACACUGCAGUGAUUCUGCUAAAGCUUUGAGGGCCACUGGGUGUUUGUUUUUUUUUUAAGCUGAAAGAGGAGCUUGUAUUAGGAAAUUGGGGGGAGGGGGAUAGAUGCUCGUGGAAGCCUCUGAUGCAUCAUCUUGUGCAGGAUCUGCCUUUAUGCUUGCUGAGUUAGAGUUGUAGUUGUAGAGCUGCCUGGGCUGUUUUUAUGCCUGAGCUGAGCAGAGCAGGGCUGCCUAAAAGCAGAAAUUGCCCUUUUCUCAAUUCUUCCAUACCUUUCUGAAGAGAUGCAGUUCAUCUUCACCUGUAUUUGUUUACUGACUGUCCUCACUCCACUUAGCAUUAUAGUUUUAAUGUUCUACAUGUGAAGUCCAGACUUUCAAGUCAACAAAUCGUAACCUUCUGGGUAUGGGAUGUUCUGGUUGACUGAGUUUUGCAGCACCUUACACUGGUGCAUACCCAGUGUUGCUGAGCACUGAUCUUGCCAAAUUGAGCUCUAGAUUUUUUAGAUCCUUCUAUCAAGUUAUUAACAGAUUUGCUGAAUAGAGACCGAGCUGAUGGGUGAAAGAGCUGAACAUCAUGAGACACUGGCAUUUGUCACACCAGUCCCAUACUGUACAUAAUCUAGUCUUGUAUGGUAGAUAUUACCCUGUAGAUGAAACUUAGUUUUCACUUAAUUUUACUGGAAUACUUAUGCAUUAAACUGUAUAAAGCUUUGCAGAUACAGCUGACUUAAGUAAACUAACAGAACCUGUUACUGAUUGCAUUACUGUGAACACUGUUUACUUGUGUAGCUAUUUUUUGUGGGGGGAAAACAGUUGUUUGUUAAGCAGCUCUAAGAGAUGCAGAGCACCAAGGUUAAGCUAGAUGAUGGAUGUAACAAAAGGGUUUGUUCCCAUUGAUGACUGAUCAUUCUGUUCUCCACUCUGAGGCAUUUGUGGUGUGGAGGUCUUAAACUUUAUACCUAACGAAGGAGUAGGCCCUCAACUACAACAAUGGUCUGGCUUUCUUCACCGAGGCUGGUUAUUCUAACACCAAACUUUUAACAGUUGUGACUUAUGGUUUGUUUUUUUUCGUUUUGUUUUGUUUUUCCAGUCGCUUGUUGUCUGAAAACCAUGUAUACCUUUUAGUUUGUGAGAAACUGUAUGGUUAAUGUAACUUUGUUUAAUAACAAACUGCAGAAUCAAAACUGGAAUAGCUCUAAUUUCUUCAUAUGUAACUGAUCAGCUUUGCCUCUGUUCUGACACUUGUGUUGUUAAAUCUCAUCUGAAGCUUCUCCCGGUUGAAGUGAAAACUAGUGCAUUUUUGUGGCAUGAGCAGCAUUUUUCUCCAUGAGAAAUGCAGUAUUUCAGUCCUGGUUGAGAAGUUCACUGUACUUCUAGAAUGCUACAUUAAUUUCGUACAGUCUUUGGGCAAAGAUUGAGCUUAGAUUACUUGAAUUUUCACUAGCUUGGUUUGUUGGUUUUUUUUCCCAUUAAAAAAAAUAAACGUUUUUUAAGGGGUUUAAUAUAAAAUUAGUAUAGAACUGUUUCACUUUGGUUUUAUGAACAUGCCACAUUGAUAAGCAGCUUUAAUCUGUAAAGUUUUUGGUAACUGCAAGAAAAUAUUGGAAAGCUAUGCAUUUUAGAGAAAGCAUAAAGGUAGUGAUAAUGGUACUUCUAAGGAUCUUUAUAUUAGUGUAUAUAAAAUAGUUUGCAUAUACAAAUAUAAUAUAUAAUCUGUUUGAAAUAUUCUUGAAUGGUAGGGGCUGUGAAACAUAAUUUAUGGAAAUAUUGUACACAGUAAACAAACCUCUCAGUACACGAAUGAACUUUUGUCAUAUGCAUGAGCAAUGUCUUAUUUGGUGACUACUAAUGAAUGGGAUUUUGUUAACCCAUUUUUGUUAGAUAACCACUUUAACAAAUAUUAUUAAAUGCCACUUUGAUCAGUUUGCUUUAGUGUAAAAAUACGUAUUUUUCUUCCACUUGAUUUAAAAAGAACUUUUGUAAGAUUUGUUCCCAACUCAAGGGUGGCAAGCAAAUCUGGUCAUUAAACCUAGUGCACUACACUCAUUCUUCCCCCAACCUUUCCUUUGUUAAAAACAAGUAAGAUGUUUAUUUGGUUUUGUUAAUGCUAUGGACAUGAAGAAGUUGGGUUGUAAAGUAUUCUUACAUGCCUGUGUAGAAAGGUUGUGUAUCAAGUGUGUUCUGAUUAGGCUACAGAUCUCUGUCCAUUUCCAAAACCUAUCCCCAGCCUAAUAGCUGUCUCCUGGGCUCUUACCAUGUUUCUUUUCUGCCUGUCAAACCUAAGCUAGGCUGUGGUUGCUUCUGUUGUACAAUGGAGUAAUUUGUGAAGGGGGGGGGAUAGUGGGUUUCCAUGAGGAUAAAGUACUGCUGGUACUGACCUGUGUGAUUGUGUAGAGCUGGAAAACAGGCUGCUGCACAGAAACAGCAGUGUUUUAAGUAAAGCAUUUCCUCUCAAGACUUUUAAGAGUCAAACAAAUACAGCUUGAAACCAGGUGAAGUAUCUCUAAGAUGAUUCAAUUGAAAUAUCUUCCAGGCCCUUCCACCCACAUGACAAAAGAAACUGAAAUGAAGGUGGAGAGCACUUAUGUAGCAUUUGAGAUGUGGGAAAUCUGGAAAGAAAUUCUGUCUCCUUUCCACUCCUUGUACAUAUAGGGGAAGCCAUUACAUUAUUUUAGGAUGAUUUUAUUGUUUUUAAUUUGUAAAAUUUAUGCUUUGUAUGCUUGAGUAUAAGCUUAAAAGCAUUACUUAAAAAAAUCCUUGACUAGUA